CUUAAAGGCUGUUCAGCUCGCGACAAUUUCAGAGCACUGACGUGAAAAAUCUGGGAUGCUUUCGGGUCUAGUUAUCAACUCUGGGAAUGAGGCAGAAAGAAAACACGUCUACCACUCAGGCAUAGGAGUGUCCAGCUCAAGUGUCUUACUACUUCCAGGUCCCCCAAUUUACUUGUUUCCUGGGUUCUUAGAAGUGAUGAAGCAAACGCAGAAAAUAGGGCCUAAGCCUAUUAAAGACGUUUUUCCACCGGCGGGUCCUAGGCCAGGAGUCUUAGGGUAUAAGUACAUCUGGGUGAAUGGAGUCCUGGUCCUUUAAGGGUGUGUGCCAAGGGGCGGAGUCUAGAGCGGAAGUUGUAAAUCAGGGCUGAAGUCCGGCUAAUGAAGGGCGGAAGUGGAGUGUCCAGGGUUGUAAUUAUGGCGCAGGAAGAGGAAGAUAUUCGAGAUUACAAUUUGACUGAAGAGCAGAAGGCAAUCAAGGCCAAGUAUCCUCCAGUCAUUCGGAAAUACGAGUAUUUGGAUCAUACGGCAGAUGUCCAGUUACAUGCAUGGGGAGAUACUCUGGAGGAAGCAUUUGAGCAAUGUGCAAUGGCCAUGUUUGGUUACAUGACAGAUACUGGGACUGUGGAGCCCCUCCAAACACUAGAAGUAGAAACCCAAGGAGAUGACUUAGAGUCUCUUCUGUUUCACUUUUUGGAUGAGUGGCUUUAUAAGUUCAGUGCUGACGAAUUCUUCAUACCCCGGGAAGUGAAGGUACUUCAUAUCGAUCAAAGAAAUUUCAAAUUACGGUCAAUUGGGUGGGGAGAAGAAUUUUCAUUGUCCAAGCACCCUCAGGGCACUGAAGUCAAGGCAAUAACGUACUCAGCAAUGCAGGUCUAUAAUGAAGAGAAGCCAGAAGUUUUUGUGAUCAUUGACAUUUAAGAUACCAAAAAAACAAGAAAAACCCCCUCCUAUGAAGAACUGUUUUUUCUCUUCUUUUUAAGAAGAUACCAUGAUACCAUGAUAUAAAUUCUACAGUAUCUGUUGAUAUAUGGAGAUUUGCAGAACAACUUUUUUUUUUUUUUAAUGUUUGUUUAUUUUCGAACUAGAGAGAGUGUGAGUGGAGAAGGGACAGAGAGAGACAGACAGAAGAUCCGAAGUGGGCUCUGCACUGACAGCACAGAGCCCGACGUAGGGCUCAAAUUCAUGAACCGCAAGAUCAUGACCUGAGCCAAAGUCAGACACUUAACCAACUCAGCCACCGGGGUGCCCACAGAACAGAACUUUUUAACUUAAAGUGUGACUUUCAGAAAUGGAACAUCAAGGUGCAGGUUUGGUCCGUGUUACGCAAAUACUCAAACUUUAAAGAAUUCUUCAGGUGGCAAGUAUGGCUUCUCAUCUCUUAGUCCCCUGCUGUAGUAGCACCCUUCUAGUGAAACGUCCUGCCUGGUCCCCAGAGGGACCAACGGUGUCAGCAGCAGCCCAGGAUACUCUGAACCUUCCAUAGUCUUAUCGAAUUCAGUUUGAAAAAAUAAUAAUAAUUUGAGAAAUCCUACAACCAGGACUUUGCUUUUUUCUGAAUUGGUUAAUACAUAUAUUUUCUAUAUAUACAUUAAAGAGAGGUUUUGUUUUAGAUUUCCUGUGGGACAGAGCCAUCCUGUAUGCCACUCGGUUUUCUUAGAAGAAAUAAUUAUAGUUGGAACAGUUGGAAGACUUCUGUAGAAAGAGUCCUGAGUUUCUCUCUUUCUCACUAUUUUAAAGCACUAAUGUCUGGACACUUUUCCUAUUUUCUCGUAAGAACAAGUCAGUGCCCUUACAAAUGAGCCCCUUCCAGGAGUGCCUGGGUGGCUCGGUCAGUUAAGUGUCAGACUUCAGCUCAGAUCAUGAUUCUCACUGCAGUUCAUGGGUUCGAAUGUUGUAUCAGGCUCUGUGCUGACAGCUUGGAGCCUGGAGCCUGCUUCAGAUUGUGUCUCCCUCUGUCUCUGCUCCACCCCUAGUCUCACUCUGUUUCUUUCUCUCUCUCAAAAAAUAAAUAAACAUUAAAAAAAUUUUUAAAUAAAAAAAUGGGCCCUUCUAGUGUGAUUUUAUAUUAAAGCCCAUAUAUUUAUACAGUUGGAGAAGAAAAGUGUUUUACAUUUCUUUGUGUUUUUCUACGUUCUUCAUUGUGGAAAAAAACCACGUUAAAAAUGAUCUAAACUUCUCAAAGUAGGCAAUGUAAUGAAACUGCUUCUGUUUGAUUUGCAACAUUAUUCUGUUCUCUAUUCAUUGAUUGAGGUAUUUGUUGCCACCACAAGAAUUUGCAAAGUUGCUAUUUAUUCGCACAUACAGGAGAAAAGAUUGCCACUGGGUGGUGCCAGAUACCAUUACGGCAUGCUAAACUUGACCUAAAACGAAAUGGUGAGCUUCUGAAGUGUUCUCAGCACUGUAUCUUUUGCUAGCUCUCUAGAAAAUAGAGCUAAUGGAGACUAGGCCAAGAGCCUACCAUUUGAAUAGUAGUUCUUGCAGUGAAUAUAUAGCAGGAUCACUGGGGUGGUGUUUCUUCCCCUUCUUUAUUUUGAGGUACAUUUUGUUUAUUUGAAUUGUGGCCCUCUAAGCAAAAACUGUCUAGAAGAACCUCUCUGCCUUUUGUCAGGGUGAAUUUCCAGGCUAACCCAGGUCCCUUUUUUUCAUAGACCCCUUUGUAUAUCAUGUGCUAUUUGGGACAUUGAUUGUGAAAAUGAGCAGCGGGAUAUUGUGAGUCCAGUGGAAGAGCUGAAUCCAGAAUAAGAGCUCUUGGGAUGUAUUAAGCCAAGUAGGGUAUAGUCUUGACUGGGAAAAAAAACGGGUAACCGCACCUCUUACCACCAGUGCUGUGUAAUGGGGUUCAGUAAAAGCAAGUCAGUUGUAAUUACACAAUACGAAUUCUAUUUCCUUUUAUUUAUAAUAAAUUUAUAAUUUAUUAACU